AUGGCAUCGGUUACUGCAGAGUCAUUAAAAGUAGAGCUACAGACCUUCGAUAUUGCUUGUGAAGAUGACGCCGUACUUGAAAGAAUGGUGGAGCAGUGUGUGUGUCACAGAUUGAAGAUCGACGAUCUUGUCUGCGAGUGGGUGGCAUUCAGUACCACCAAGGGCAUAUUACCACUUACUGUGGACAACCUGGAGCAGUUUGAGUAUGAGGUGCUUAACAAGAAAAAUAAGGGCAAACACAGCUCCUCUAAGAAGGAUGACCGUUUUAAUAGGACCAGGGAUGUCAAUUCAAUCCAGGAGCUAAUCAAAGCUGAAGAGGAGGAGGAGGACUUGCUUGACUCUUACUCCACACCAGGCAAGGGUUCUCAGAAAAGAGCCCUGACCACUCCAGAACACCCCCAGUCCAAAAGGAGCGCCGCUCGUAUGAUCAGCCCUGGACUACUCCUGUCUCCUUCCAGCUUCUCUCCCAGUGCCACUCCAUCUCAGAAAUACAGCAUGCGCAGUGCCAGAGGGGAGGUGGUGUCCACGUUCGGGGCGGUCCAAGGCCCGCGCUGGAGCGGACAGAAGCGGUUAGAGCCAGUGAAGGUGGAGCUGCUGGAGGGUCGUGAGGACUCGCUCCAUAGCAGCUACAAGUACAUGUUCCAGCGCCUCCGAGACAUCCGCGACGUCUUGACUGAGAAGAUUGAAGUGCUGGGAGAAGAGCUGAGGACCCAUUUCAGUAUAGAGGAGUUCUCACCUGUCUCACUGCCUGCACAGGACAGUGUGGUGGUCCUGGGCCAGGUGUGUUGUGACAGUAAUGGGAAGCUAAACGCUCAUUCGGUGUUGUUGGAGGCGGGGCAAGAGCAGGGGGGCAGACAGGUGCCUGUUGACCUGUCUGAACUCAGAGAGUACUCCCUCUUCCCCGGACAGGUUGUUAUCAUGGAGGGAAUGAACACUACUGGAAGGAAACUGGUUGCCUCAAAGCUCUGUGAGAGUGUUCCAUUGCCAUUUUACUCAGCAGAAGUGAAACAGGAGAUGGAUGAGGAGGUGGAGCCCCUGAUGGUGCUGGUGGUGUGUGGGCCGUACACGCCCUCGGACAGCCUGACCUACGACCCUCUCAUUGACCUGAUAAACAUCAUUAACAGAGACCGCCCUGAUGUCUGCAUACUGCUUGGUCCUUUCGUUGAUUCCAAACAUGAACAGAUUGAGAAAGCCCAGGUAUCGGAGACAUUUGAAAUGAUUUUCUCGCGGUGUGUGGACAGCAUCGUGGAUGGAACCAGAGGGACCGAAUGUAAGCUGGUGUUUGUACCGUCCCAAAGAGACAUCCACCAUCACUAUGUUUAUCCCCAGCCCCCCUUUGUCCUGCCAGACCUGAAGAAAGACGACAUGGAGAGAGUGACCUUGGUGCCUGACCCCUGCACCCUGCUCAUCGACGGCGUGACCUUUGGCGUGACCUCUACGGAUAUCCUUUUUCACAUGAGCGCUGAGGAGAUCAGCAGUGCCUCGGGUUCUGACCGUUUCUCACGCAUCAUGAAGCACAUACUGACCCAGAGAAGUUACUACCCCCUGUACCCUCCAGUGGAGGAGAUGAACAUGGAUUAUGAGAAGUUCCAGCAGUACGGACAAAUCCCUCUGACACCAGAUGUGCUUAUUGUCCCAUCUGAGCUCCGGUACUUCAUUAAGGAUGUGAUUGGGUGUGUAUGUGUCAAUCCUGGGCGUCUCACCAAAGGACAGGUGGGCGGGACUUACGGAAGACUGCUCAUCCAAGCCCAGCAGAGCUCAACAGAGGCCCAGAAGAAGAGAGUCAGUCCCUGUUUAGCUGGUCAGGUGGUCAAAAUUUAA